AUGGCUGCCCAGAUUGCCCAAUGGCAGAGCGCCUACGGCCCCCGCGAAACCGACAAGGACGGUAAACCUGUUCCGGCGCCAGAGUACGCGAAGCCCGAGGUCGUAGACCCGACUGCGCAGACGGACAAGAAGAAGACUGUCGUUCGAGAGGGCGGUGGCAAGAAGUGGACCGACGACACAUUGCUAGAAUGGGACCCUUCCCACCUGCGCCUCUUUGUCGGAAACUUGGCGGGCGAAACGACGGACGAGUCUCUCCUCAAGGCGUUUGCCCGGUGGAAAUCUGUGCAAAAGGCCAGAGUCAUCCGAGACAAGCGUACGACAAAGUCCAAGGGAUACGGCUUCGUCAGCUUCAGCGACGCCGAUGACUUUUUUCAGGCGGCCAAGGAGAUGCACGGCAAGUACAUCCAGAGCCAUCCUGUUGUCGUCAAGAAGGCCAAUACGGAGAUUAAGACGACCAAUGUCAAGAAUAAGGGACACAACAACAAGAAGAAGGGCGGCAACAGCGGUAAUGGUAACCGCGGGAAUGAUUCAGGGGCUGGAGGGUAUGAGCCGAAUCUUGGUCCUAGAUCGGGUUCUGGCGUUACCAAGGCUGGCCAGAAGACGAAGAAUGGUUUACGCCUCUUGGGUUAA